GCGGUAGCAUAGGCAGUAGUAACUCGGACACGGACAGUACGGACACCAGCUCGGUUCUUAAAUUUAUGUGGAGCUGAUCCUGGGACGCGCGUGCUCACUAAAAAAUAAUUAUUGUUGUUAUUAUUGUAACUAUUGUGGAGGAGAGUUACGGAUUUAAAGUUUAAAUUUAAAAGCUGAUGCAGGAUUACGGUAUCGUAAAAAAAAGACCUGGAAUUAGUGGUACCAGUGAGUUUACUAAAAGUGUUUGUUUUUUACAAAAAGACCGGGCAUACGUGACCGGUUAACCAGAGCUGAAACGGUGCUUUCAUUGGGGGGCACUUGCAGCUGACGUUUCAGCUAAGAAGACAAAGUUAAUACAAAGAAGAUAAAGACAAAGACCAGUACCAGUACCAGGACCAAGACCAAGACCAAGACCAAGACCAGGAAAAUAAUAAAAAUAAGAAAUUAAAGAGAGGGACUAGUCCAAGAAACUUAAUAAAGUUUUAACGAGUUGCAUUGAUGCUAGUGAAUGGAAAACAACAGCAGCUUUAUCUUUAAAAAUCUAAAACAACAGUCAUCAAAUAGUCUGUUGUGUUGGAUAGUCGGAGUACUGAGCGAUAGUUUUAAGAGUUUAUUUCACUGGAAAACGCUCGUGCCAAAGACAAAAAGAAAUCUUAGCAUGGUUGAGUAAUUGUCACGGGAGACCGAUAUAACUUGAGGCGCGAAAAAUAUUGUAAUAAUAAUAAUAACAGUAAUAACAAAGUGAGAAAGAAUAAAUACGUCAUAGCCAACACGACGAAAUAUCUUUCCUUUGUACUCGAUUUUCUUUAAUCGUAUUGUGAAAAAUAAAAAGACGAAAUAUAAAAAAAGGUACAAGAUUCUUUAUGAGUGACAGUAGUCCAUGAGCGAUAGUUGGAGCGAGUCUUCAGAGGUACCUACGAUCAAAGGCCUGCGAUCCUCGUGGUGCGAUCCUACGAGGGAACAAAGGAGCUGGCAGCAGCAGCAACAUCAGGUUCGACGGAGCGAGCGAGCGAGUGAAAGAGAAACGCGACUGAUGCAAGGAGUGUAGGCAAGAAGGCGUGUAAAGUAACAACUGAUGCUCCUGGUGCAUGGGAAAGAAGAAGACAGCCUCGAAGAAAGAAAAAAGGGGAGAGCGGACGAUCUAAGGGACGUGUGUAGUAGAUUUUAGUGUUGUGUUAAAGACAUAUAUAUACAUAUAUGUAUGUAUAUAUAUUUAUACUGGCGAACACAUUGAGAAAAUAACUCAACGGUGAAGGGGAGAACGACAAAGAGGGAGCACGUUGCCGUGGAGACCGAUGUUCAGGGCCGUACAAUGGCCGGGGCGCUGUCCGAGAACGCCCCGAGACCCGUGAGCGUCGUCACCGUCGACGGAGGUGCUCCGCAAACCGUCGAAUCGCCACCAGAGACGACUCCAGAAGUAAUACAAGACAGAAACAAUCACCAGCACCAACAGCAGCAUGUCCUUCAGCGUGAAACGUCACGUUGUUUCGCGUCAACGGAGGCGCAAACAGACAUGGGAUUGACUCCUCGUGUUGAGGGAGUUAAUCCAAGUAAUGGAGGUGAUGAUCUCAGGGACGCUCGGAGACGAGAGAGACGAGUGAGGCGACAUCACCGCAGGGCCAUGAGGAGCUGUUCGAUGCCACCGACAUAUCCCGGGGGACCUGGAUGUGUGCAGACGAACGCAGGUGUUGGAACUGCGCCAGGAAUUCCUCUAGUGCCGUCCGUGGGUGGUUUCCUGCACCCCCCGCCACCUCACUUGGGUCUGAGGGGCCUCAGCUUGGGUCUGCCGUUUCCGGUCCCAGCAAGCGUGUCCGCCUUUGGCAGAGACGCAGUGCCGAAGCAGUGUUGCGGACUGGGUUCACCUCCCGUUCGCUGGUCCAUUCUUGGUGUGGGUAUUGUGGGCCUUGUUUGUGCAGCAGCGGGGGCUUUACUUGGCGCCCUGAGGGCAACCGGUCGGGACCACAUCGCCGUCUCGUUGCUCAUGAUUGGUAUAGGAGUGGUCUUGCUGACGGUGAGCGGAGUAGCCUGGCGAGUGACCAGCCGAGAAAAUUGCGGCAGCUUCUUCGGUUUCACGGGCAUCUCGUCGAGGAUUCCACCGGCGAGGCCGAUGCAUCCAUACGCGGCCAUGAUCUAUCCGGAAUUCCAGUUCAGAACACCACCGCCGAGUUACCAGGCCAGUAUGCAGGAGUACAGACUACGAUUGUUGCUGCUGGACAGACUUCAACCUACCUCCUCACCACCUCCGACUUACAGAUCCAAUGCCGCGAGUAUUAUUGCCCCCUGCACUACGCGCGAGAGUAGACCACCUAGUUACUGUGGACGUGGCAAUGUUACACCAAAUGCGACACUCGCACCGUCGACUAAAAAAGACGCGAAUCUUGUUAGAAUUGUUCAAACAGAAUCCGACCCGGUGAUACUGAGUGGCGACCAAACACCGCCGGUAUCUACUGGCGUUGAGGUUCUCGCUCAUCUCUAACAAAUUUAAUUUAACACGCUAAUGAUAAUUGAUAAAUGAUAAUAAUAAUGGUAAUACUAAUAAUAAUAAUAAUAAUUUUAACAAUGAUAAUAAUAAGAAUAAUGAUAAAAAAGACAACAAUGAGGAUGUUGAGGAUGACGAUGAUAAUGAUGAGGACAGCAUCAUCAUCCAUAAUGGACGACACCAAUUCCUAGGCAACGAUUUCACGCUACGUUGUUCUUAACUCGUCGCUGCGCAUUGUAGAUAUACUUCCGUUCUAUAACACGUUGUCUCUUUCACCGUUUGUAUGCAUGUAUGUAUGUAUUAACUUCCGCCAGGAACAUCCUAACGUUUUACGGCCCGUUGACAAUAUCACUCUGGUGAUAAAUCCGCGGUGUGUGUCUUUUCCACCGUUAUUUUGCUCUAUUUGCACUAGAAAACAAAUUGUUAAAGAAUAAAACAAACGCUAUCAUAGUGAUGUUAUUUAAUAACAAAAUAAAACACUGAGAAAAAAUCUUUUCGAAUCAUGGUACAUUUUUAACACAAGAAAUUAUGCUAUUAAAAAUUUUUAAUCUCAUAUAUUUUUGGCGCGAAAAUUUGAAGUUUCAUUAAAAAUAAUUUUCUUAAUCAAAGAAACCCGAGGCCGUUCAUAAAAUACGUCACGCAAAAUUUUAUGUACCCGAAGAACGAAACGUUCUUCACGCAACGAAAAUGAAAAAUUUAUGUAAUUUGACUGCUGAAAGGGUAGUUAGGAGUGGCCUGUAAUUUUCGGCUGACAUAUUAGCGCGUAUGCGAGACAUUUCAAAAAUUUAGAUCCAGUAGUGUUUUUACUUUUCGUUUUGUUUUUUAUUUUCGUUUCACGAAAAAUGUUCCAGGUACAUAAAAUUUUAUGACACUGAAGUUGACUGACGUCUAAUAAUUUUUUGAAUUUUUUCAAAACGAUCAAUUAUAAAAAAUAAAAUUUUUUUAAAAAUUGCACAUGUAGUUUUUUAAAUUUUCUACAUGUGCAUAUUUUUAGUUAUUUUUUUUUGUAAUUGAUUUGUAAAAAAAAAAAUCCGAUAAUUGUUGAUCGUCUGUUAACUUCAGGAUCAUAAAAUUUUACUUUUUUACCCCCCCCCCCCCCCCCCCGCAGCCUUUCGUCGCGCUGUCACAUUUUCCGCGAUUUCCCUAUCGCGUCACUAAUGAUAGACCCCCUCCCCCCGUACGAUUUAUAGCAAUUAAUAGUACAUAAAUUUUUUUAUUUUAAAAUAAUUAGUAUUUGCACUAAUAAAACUUGAAUAAAUUUCUUUAAUAUUGAAGAUACAAGGGAACUGAUUGUGACGGACCGCAACGUUUACGUCGACGUCGAAAAACAAAUUGCGAAAAAACCAAAUAUGAGGAAAUAUAGAAAAUUAUUGAGCCGUGAUGACGGAAAUAUAUACGUAGAAAUAUUUAUAUAUUUAAAAAUAUGAAACGAAUGAGUUUCUAUCGUAAAAAAAAAACUAAAUUUUAAACAACCGAGAGAAAAAUUUGAUGACCUGCGUCAAAUAAAUUUCCUUAGACCCCCCGACCCCCUUGUCACAGUAAACGACACCCCCUCCCCCUUUAAGUGCGAACGUAUUUUAUAAACGGCCCCAAGUUUAUAUCAAGAUAUUUUGAUCUUUUUUUUGCAGUGUAAAUAAAUUUUGAUUUUCUCUUAAGAGAUUCGCGCUAAAUAUGAAAUCAAUAAUUCAAUUGAUAUCGAUCUAUUACUCAAAAAUUAUCGUUUUUACAAAAGUACUUUUUUCUCAGUGUAGCAAAAAAUUACACGGGAAAAUAAAAAAAAAGCGCGAGGGAAAAAGGUCCGGUUGUUUGUUUUUCGUGUGGUUGCCUUUUGUUUGCUGAAAGAUUUAAAAAAAAGUAAAACAACCACUAGCCCUUGUCCCUUGUCUGUUGUAUAUAUGUUUAAUUUUGAGCGUGUCAUUCAACCGCGAGGAUUUCUCUUCUCACACACCAGACCAGACAUUCGUUACACUCGGACGGGCUUUGCGAUCGACUGCUCGAUAUACAGCCAAUAUUGAUUAACGUCUCGUGAAAUAGCUUGACGUGUAACGUGUAAAAUUUCUAUGUAAUUUACGUAAAUACUAUAUCAGCUGUAGCUUCCUCUGCGUACCAAUUUACUGCCCGUUUUAAAAUAUAUAUAAACAGUAAUAAAUUCUAAUUAUAAAAGUUAAUUAUUUUAUUUAAUACGAUUAAAGGUUACAGAUAAAAAAUAGAAAGAUAUAUAUUUAUAUAUAAAUAUUUAAUUAUUACGAGUUGAUAAAUAUGGGUAAAUGGAAGCUCGGUGCAAUUAAAAAGCGUGAAGAGUCUAUUUCACACACGAUAUAUAUGUGUCCAAGUGUAAUCGUUUAAAUUGUAAUUACGAGUUCGCUCGUUGUGCAGAUAUCCGUAGAACGCUCUCGUCCUCUCGAUUUUAAACCCAACUUUCUUUGAAAUAUAUAAAUAUAAAUAUAUAUAUUUUAUUAAAAUACUGUAGAUAGUGUAGAUCUAAUUGAUGACGAUAAUAAUUAAAAAUAAUAAGAGCGCACAUUGCCAAGGGUGUUACUAUUUCUUUUUUAAUUAAAUGUCUCGUGAGAAUAAUUCACCGAGAAUCGCUGUCUCACGUUCAGUAAUAGAUUAUCGAUUACGGAUCGAUUGCAACACGACAAAUACUUGUGAUGAAAAGGCGGCAUCAGUGUCAAGUGGCCAUUUUAAUUCUUGUGUAGGCGACACUAGUAGAUACUUAUAAUUAUAAUGAUAAUGGUAAUAAUAGUAGUGGGUAAUAA